UAUGUUCCAGCUCUUGGUGAACCUGUGAUUGGGAUCAUUGUCUCUCGACAGGCUGAUGGGUAUAAAGUGGACAUUGGGUCGUCUCUUACCGCUCGAUUAGACGCCCUCGCAUUUGAAUCAGCAACCAAAAGAUCGAAACCGAAUCUUAAAAUCGGAACUGUGGUCUAUGCAAGGGUUUCAUUAGCACUACCUUUCAUCGAACCUGAACUUGAAUGCAUGGAUCCCACAACAAUGAAAGCAAAUGGAUUCGGUGAAAUGACAGGAGGAUAUCUAAUGCGCGAUCUUGACUUGCGAAAUUCCAGAUUGCUUCUCUCACCUCCUCAAACCCUUUUGGCAAAACUUGGACAGCAAGUCCCUUACGAGAUCUCCAUUGGGCUCAACGGCAGAAUUUGGUUAAAAGCAAAAACUGUUUCUCAAACUAUUUAUUUA